CUUCCUCGACUUAGUAGUAAAUUUGCAUCGGCUGUAGCAAGUGCAGUGUUGCGUUGAGAUUGUCAGCAAACGAAAGUGUGGUCCGCUAAUCAUUUAGUGAACGGUUUAAAUUAAUAUUGCUAUUCCAGAAAUAAUCGUGAAAACCGAAAAGUUUAAAGUUUAAAGAAUUGAAAUUUCUUUAUUUUUCGAAAGCAAGCGGUCGGGUGUUGCAUAGUACUUAAUUUUUCGGAUACUCUUUCAACCGAUGUGUCGAUAUGGCGGAAGAGACCACACCUUUAACCACUGGAAUGUCACCGCCCUUGGGUCCGGCAUACGUUUUCCCCGGCGGUGUGUCACCGCGUUCGCGUCGUAAUCGGAAAAUGCAACAAUUUCAAUGCUGUUUGGGCAUCACAGUUGUACUCAUUGUUGUCGCCGCUUUAAUUGCCGCAUUUGUAUUGGUUGAAGAGCCCGACGAACCGCCACCUCCGAUACUACUUGCUGCGGCUGCUAUAAAUGAAACAAAUCCGUCGAAUAGCAGUGCGAAUGCAAGCGCCGCACUCGAAGCCGCAACGACACCGCUGGCCGACGAACCCAACACCGAGUGGGCAUUAAAACGAGCACAGUUAAACCGCACGCAAAGCGCAGAGGCAAUUGGUGCCGGCAUAAAAGCAUUAGGUGACCGCGAAAUUUUAGAGGAAAGUCAACAAUUGACGCCUGUGCAUAGUACCGCCUUCCGGCAUUACCGCUCGCUGAGCACCGGCCCAGAGGCACGCAAAUUGGCACGUCGUGGCUAUGUGGAGAAUCAUGCCACUACGCGUAUUGCACAACUGUUGAACUAUACGAAACCGGAUGGGCGCAAUAACAUUGGCAAUGGACCGACAAUUGAGCUGCCCGAUCCGACAAUGAACUUCACAUGUGACUUCAAUGCGCGUUAUCGAACUGCAACGGGCGUGUGCAACAACAAGGCACAUCCGCGUUUGUACGGUGCAGCCAUGAUACCCUAUAGACGCAUGGUGGCACCUGAUUAUGCGGACGGUAUUUCAAUGCCGCGUGCCAGUCAUGCUGGUAAUGGCACCCAACUACCGCCGGCCCGUAAAGUCUCGUUGGAUAUACAUCGUGCUUCUUAUGAUACCGAUGCCAAUUUUACCGUUAUGUUGGCAGUUUUCGGUCAGUUUCUGGAUCACGAUAUAACAGCAACUUCUUUAUCCUCCCUACCGGAGGGUGAAUCGAUUGAUUGUUGUGCCUUGCCUAAACAGGAAAUGCAUCCGGAGUGUUACCCAGUGCCAAUAUUACCGGAUGAUCCGUAUUACCAGCGUUACAAUGUAACUUGUUUAAAUUUUGUACGUUCUGCUCCCGCGCCAACCGGACAUUUUGGUCCACGCCAGCAACUCAACCAAGCAUCGGCUUUCAUAGAUGGCUCUGUGGUGUAUGGUUGCACCGAGCAACGGCAACGGCAUUUGCGCACCAUGUUGAACGGUACAAUGCGUAUGUAUAUUACUGGCGAUGGACGGCAAUUGUUGCCACUAUCUACUAAUCUGGAAGACGGUUGCAAUCGCGCGGACAUGGCAAGAGCAGGAAAAUAUUGCUUUGAAUCGGGCGAUGAUCGUGCGAAUGAGAAUUUGUUGCUGACAUCGAUGCAUUUGCUUUGGGCGAGACAUCAUAACUUUUUGGCGCGUGGCUUGCAGUCAGUCAAUCCGCACUGGGAUGACGAGAGAGUUUUUCAGGAAUCGCGUAAGAUUUUGAGCGCUAAAAUGGCACAUAUAACAUACAAUGAGUUCCUGCCGAUUCUUGUCGGUGAAAAGUUGGCUAAACGGAAGGGUUUGCUGCCAAGUGUAGAUGACUUAGACGCGCCCGACACAUACGAUAAAAAAGUGGAUCCCAGCAUUGCGAAUUGCUUUGCUGGUGCAGCUUUCAGAUUUGCGCAUACUUUGCUGCCGGGAGUACUCAAUGCCACGCGUGACAAGAGUGUGCCCGAAUCUAUCGAACUGCAUACGAUGCUCUUCAAUCCAUUCUCGCUCUGGUCGGAGCAUGGCAUCGAUCGUGCGCUCUUAACCGCCAGCAAUACGGCUGUGUUGCGUGUGAAUCGCUUCUUCUCCUACGAGGUGACGCAGAAAAUAUUUGAAGGCCGUCCAGAGGAAGACAUGCGACCUCUAUGUGGGCUCGAUCUUGUCUCGUUGAAUAUACAGCGUGGUCGUGAUCACGGUCUGCCGGCAUAUCCAGUAUUUCGAAAGCAUUGUAAACUGCCGCCGACAGAUACUUGGGAAGAAAUGGCAAACGCCAUUGAUGCAAAUACGCUGCAAUCGAUAAGGAAAAUCUACAGCUCGCCACAUGAUGUCGAUGUCUACACGGGUGCAUUGAGUGAACCUCCAUUGGAUAGCGCUAUAUUUGGACCAUUGCUGACUUGUUUGGUAUCAGAUCAAUUUAUGCGCCUAAAGAGGGGUGACUCGCAUUGGUACGAAAGAAAGAUGGGACCUCAAAGAUUUACGAAAGCUCAAUUGCUUCAAAUCUACAACGUCACCUUGUCGAAGAUUAUUUGUCAGAAUUCGGAUGGUGUGCAACAGGUGCGAAAAUACGUAAUGAAACAACGUAAGGAUAGUGCUAACGGCUACGUGAAUUGUAGCGAAAUAGAGCGUUUCGACUUCAGCGCAUGGGCCACAUCGCCACGUCCAGUCAAAUUGCAUAGCGUCGCGGUGAGUGAUGCGAAAAGUUUGAUUCGUGUUAUUCACGAAAAUAGCAACAACGCAACGUCGUCAAUGCCGAAGAAGCUGAUGGAACCGAACAAACAGUGAAUAUGCAAAUAUACAAAUAUAUAAUAUUUUUCAUAAAUUUUAAAUAUUAAUGUGCAUUUAAUUAACAGAAUAAUUUAUGUUUCAUGUGAGAUUUUGUAUUUAAAAUAAUUAUUUUUAUUUAGAUUAUUUUAGAAAUAAAAGAAAUUAGUCCAUUAUACUAUAUCUAAAAAAAAUCUAAAAAAAGUAAAAAAAAAGUCUGUCGUGUUUACGAUCCUGAACAUAUGUAUAUAUGUUUUCUGUAAUCUGUUGCGGUACUUCAAAGCAAAUGUGUUGAAAAUGAAAUGUAAUUGAUAAGCCAAUUGAACAUUUUCUUAACCCUUGAAUAACAAUCUAUAAAUUUCCGAUUAAAAUCUCUGGAUUGCAAAAAGUGCUCGCUAAUAUCAGAUUUAAUCUUAUUGGUGAGAAACUUAUCAGCGCUAUGAUUGCAAUAAUUAACGUAAAAAUUUCCAUAGUUACGUUCAAAACCGUUUUCGAAUUUGUUUUUCAAUUGGACAGAUUCAAAUAAUUAAAUUUUCGAACAACUCUCGAGUUAUAAGGUUUACUUGGCCUUAUUGUAGUACUUCUGUGAUCAAAUCGCAAAUCGUAUCCGAUUUAGAGUGGGCCAUUUGAAGAACAAUGCUUAGUAUCUCUGAGUGGUACCAAAAAGCUCCCAAAUUAAUAUUUUUUCAGUUUCUUAGAUUGUAUAAAAAUAUAUUUUGGACUUUCACUUUAAUACAAUAGAUUUCGAAGAAUUAAAAAAAAAAAGUUUAGACUAAACAAUUUACAUUCUGGGCUGGUAGUCUUCUUUUUCAAAUAAUACCUUCUUCUUAUAUUUUAUCUCAGAUAAACACUUCACUCAGACAAACACUUUUCAAACUAAAAACGAGAAAGCAUAAGCUGGAAGCAUCUCACUUCCUUUCUAAACUUGAAAUUAU